UGAGGAGAGGAGCAGCGAUUCUCGCGAGAGUCUCGCCCGAGAGUCUCGCCCGAGCGCUCUGGCCACGCCCCCUGGUCCCUGUCGGCAGCGGCAGAGGGUUGUCACCCUUUUCCCCUUCCCUCUUUUCUUUCCCCCCCUUGUCCUCCCUUCACAGGUCGCGAAGCGAGAAUAGCGGCGGAGCAGCGCGAGUCGCCGAGAGCGCGAGGGAGAAAAAGAGAGAGAGAGCUCGCGCGGGGGAAGAGGGAGGCAGCGCGCGAACGAGCGCGAGAGGCCGGACGAAGGGAGGAGGGGGGGCCGCCGUCGCCGCGCGUGCGCCCCCGGAGAGAAGGGAGGAGGAGGAGCGGGUAGGAGCAGUUUCCCAAGUGUUGUGUUUCACAUUAUGGACUGAACCAACUUCAUCCAGGUUUUAUUGUGAAGGAAGAAAAAACGCACAGCUGUAAUAGCUUGACCACAGACGAGCUAAUCCACAACAGGGUAAAUGAGUCAGAAUGGAUCAGGAAGGUGGGGGUGACUUCCAGAAAACCCCUAACUUCCAGUGGAGAAACUACAAGCUCAUCGUUGACCCAGUGCUCAAGCGGGCCCCGCACAAGGUCUACCGCUAUGAUGGAGUACAUUUCAGCACUAAUGAUUCGGGCCUUGCUCCUGUGGGUGAUGUGCGGGAUCCCAGACGCAGGAUGUGGUCCAAGAACAGAGACAUUUCCCUCCCUGUCCCAAAGUUUAAGCUGGAUGAGUUCUAUGUGGGUCAGAUCCCUCUGAAGGAGGUGACCUUUGCCCGGCUCAAUGACAACAUCAAGGAGCCCUUCCUGGCGGACAUGUGCAAAAAGUAUGGAGACAUUGAGGAGAUUGAGAUCCUCUACAAUCCGAAGAACCGCAAGCACCUGGGCCUCGCCAAGGUGCUCUUCACCAGCACAAGGGGAGCCAAGGAAACUGUCAAGAACCUGCACAACACUUCGGUCAUGGGCAACAUCAUUCAUGCUCAGCUCGACAUCAAAGGUCAGCAACGAAUGAAGUAUUAUGAACUGAUUGUGAAUGGCUCCUAUACACCCCAGACUGUCCCCACUGGAGGCAAAACACUCAAUGAGAAGUUCCCAGCAGACUCGUCAGAGUCCCGAAGGCGCCACUCAACAGACUCCUCCUACGCUAGUAACACAAUGCCUUCAACGCCUGGCAAUGGCACACCUUCCUCUCAGGACACUCCAUAUUCCAGUGGUAGGCAGGAUACGCCUUCUUCGUAUGGCCAGUACACGCCACAGUCUUCCCAGGGGACUCCGUACACUCCCCGGGGAGGGACGCCAUAUUCUCAAGAUUCUGCUUACUCCAGCAGGCAAGGGACGCCAGGCUACUCUAGCUACCAGCCAGAGCCAACAUCGUACAAAUCCCGCCGACAUGAGAACAGCUUUCCAGACUCGUACUCGCGUCGGCAUUAUUCUUCUUCGUCCUCUUCCUCCUCCUCCUCGUCUUCUUCCUCUUCCUCCUCCCACUUCCGUAGCAAUGACCACCACUACCCUCCCUAUAAUCAGCAGUUUGAUGGUGGCAGUGGCGGCAGCAGUGCUGCCACAAUCAGCAGCAGCAGCCGGUACCAACGCCUCUCAUCCACCUCAGAAGGGCGCCCGUCUUCUUCCACCCCCUCCUCCUCCUCCUCUCAUCGCUCCCACCAAAGAGAGGACCCUGGCUUCCAUUCCCGGCACAGGGAGCGCUCCCAGAGGGAUGAGGCGACUCCUUCCUCCACAGUCAGCACCCCCACGGUCACCACCCCCUCCUCCUCUUCUUCGUCGUCUGUGGCCACCACAGCCCCAGAUAGUGCUCAAUUCCAGAACAGCCACGGCUUCCCUCAGCAGAGUGCAGAGCCCUUUCCAGCACCCAGCAUUCUCUACCCACCGUACACAGCCACUCCGGAACCUUUCUCCCUUCCCGUGGAACCCCUUGCCGUGGACCAGGACUACCGGCUGCUCCCCACAGCCGAGACUUUUGCUGCCAACUCCUUGCCUCCCACCGAAUUUCUUGCUCAGGAAACUAAAGAGAACACCAGCCCAGUAGUGGCAACUGUUGCAGUGGCCGAUGACCGGUCCCAUUCCCCUGCUGUGCAGACCUCGCCAGCCCGGUCUGGCUCCCCUGCGCCUGAAACUACCAACGAGAGCGUCCCUUUCACUCAGCACAGCAGCUUGGACUCCCGCAUCGAGAUGCUGCUCAAAGAGCAAAGGUCCAAGUUCUCUUUCCUCAUUUUGGACACGGAAGAGGAAGACGAGGAGAAGGGAGGGCCCAAAGGAGUGGAGCCACACGGACCCUGCACUCCACCGCCUCCCCUUCCUGUCAGUUUUGAAGAUGUGGUGCCCGCGCUGGACAUGGGAUCAGGAGCAGAAUCUCCGAAAGCCAAUGGACAAGAUAGAGCAUCUCAACAAUCUUCAGGUGAAGACAUGGAAAUCUCUGAGGAUGAAGCAGAGGUCGAGCCCCCAACCCCUGUGGCAGGGGUGUCUGAACCCCAUUUUUCUGUGAUGCCGUCAGCCCUGGGCCACAUGCAACUGGGCGUGUCCUCCUUUACCCCCCACCACCGACCAGAGCCUCCCCCCACCUACCCGAUACAGCCUCUCAUGUCUGUCUCCCUCCCGCACCUGGCGGGCAAGACCCACUCGCUCUCCAACUACGGCCAGGUUGGCCCACGGCAUGCUCACCGCCUCUCGGACUUCAGAGGGCGUGCGGGGGUGGUGGGCGGAGGCCGGGGUGCCCCCCACAUCUACGACUUUGUCAACUCCAUGGAGCUGAUGAACCGGCUGGGCAACCAGUGGGGCGGGAUGCCCAUGUCCUUCCAGAUGCAGACGCAGAUGCUGAGCCGCCUGCAGCAGCUGCGUCAGAGCAAAGGCCAGUUUGAGGACCCUUUCCCCUACCACCGGGACGCGGCUUCCUUCUGCGGCCGCCCCCUCUACGGGCACGGCUACCUACUGGACCAGGCUAACCGCCACUUCCAGAGAGACCAGCUGUUCAUGCAGCAGCCAUCAGCAGUGGGGGCCUCAGAGCAGCAGCAGCAGCAGCAGCAUUCCUCGGAGCAGCCCCCUCUGCCACCCCCACAGCGCCUCCUUGAUUUCCGGGCCGCCUCAUGGGGAUACCAGGAGGAAGUGGCUCCCCCCCCACCUCUUCCAAAGGACCCCCAUGCCUCUGUAGUGGACAGCGUCCUUGAGACACUCAUGCAGGAGAUGAAGAGCAUCAUGCAGCGUGACCUCAACCGCAAGAUGGUGGAGAACGUGGCUUUCAACACCUUUGACAAGUGGUGGGAGCGCAAGGAGGAGAAGGCCAAGCCUUUCCAGAGUACUGUCAAGCAGCCAGUCAAGGAAGAGGAGAAAGACAAGACAAAGCUGAAAGACCCUGCCCUGCUGUCUCUGGUUGACUGGGCCAAGAGUGGCGGCACUGGCGGCGUGGAAGGGUUUGGCUUUGGGACUGGCUUUCGAGGAGUUCUGGGACUCCCAUCCUUCAAGGUGAAAAGGAAAGAGCCAUCUGAAAUCUCGGAGGACAGUGAAGUGAAGCAGCCACACCCAUCUACUCUUGCUGAAGAGGAUGAGGAAGAUAAGGAUUCCUCACAGGUACCCAAAAGCUCCAAGAGGGAUGAUGAACGGAUCAAAGGGCCAGGGAAAAGGCGGAAACUUUUCUGCUUGGAUAGUGAGGGAGAGGAAGCAUCUGAGGAUUCAUCCUCUGAGAAGGAGGAGGAGGAGGAGCGGAGGGAGGAAGGUGAAGGUUCUAGGGAGCGCGGCACGAAGAAGGAGGAAUCUGAAGAUGAAGGUGAGAGCGACGGCUCCUCCAAGUAUUCUCUCUAUGGCGAGUCCGAUGAGGACAGUGACAGCACUUCUGAUUCAGAGAGCAGCUCUUCGUCUUCUUCUUCCUUGUCCUCCUCUUCAUCUGAUGAGGAGGAAGCUGAGAGCAUGGAGGAAAUGGACGAAUCUACCAUGGACAGCUGCCCCACCGAGCCACUGAGAGACCUGGAAGAGAGAAUGCGUCAAACCACAGGCGCUGAGCUUGAUAAGAAGAAAACAGAAGCAGGCCUGCUCCAAGCAGAAGGAAAGCCUGUUCCUCUAAAGGAUGGCAUCCUGGCCCUGCAUCUAGAAGAGAAGGUUGUUGGGACGGCGCCAGAAGAACGACCCAGGCCGGAAGAGCGACCUUCCUCACCUAUCCCACUACUGCCACCACCCAAGAAGCGCCGGAAAACAGUCUCCUUCUCAGCUCCUGGUGAGGAUGACGAGAUCAAGGCGGCAUUUGAGAAGCCACUGGAACCAGCUCCUUCAACGCUUUUGCCUCCGCCACCUCCUCUUCCACCACCACCUCCACCGCCUGUCCCCACAGAGGUAGCACAGGCCCCCUUAGUGCCUGUAGAACCCAUGUUACCAUCCCAAGUGCCCUUAACCUCGGAACCCCCAGCUCCAGCUGCCUCUCCCCUGCGUCCUGCAGCGCCCCCUGCCAAGGCAGUGGCCCCUGCCAGCCGCAAGAGGGAGACCCCCAAAGCCAACCAAAGAACAAUCAGCAACCUGCCGGCUGACCACGCUUCCCUGGUGAAGUGUUGGACGGACGAGCUGCUUCCAGCCGGCCGGUCCCGGAGCCGCUCUCGCUCCCGGAGCUCAGAGGCCCCACGGGCACCCCAGCCCCCUGGAGAGGACAGGCUACACCUGCGCGAGCGGAUGGGCGCUUCCUCACUACUGGAGCUGGCGAAUCAACCCAACCUGGCUGUGCUGGCGGACGUGGCGCUGAAGAUGCCUGGCGCAGGCAGUGAAGACUCUGAGGAGACAGAGACCUCCGACGAGGCCGAGGAGCCCAAGGCCAUGCCACCAGUCCCCACGCUGCCCCCGGAAGUCAGCAGCAUUCUGAUGGAGCAUAACUACGCCAUGGCUGUCCGCGCAGCACCUGCCUCCCGCAAAGCCGACGAGGUGGUGUUGUCUGGCGCCGCCGACCUGCCGCGUGUGGAUUUGUACAGCGAGCACAUUGGCGAGGUCCUGGAGGCGCCUGAGGAGGUUGUGGCUGAUGCCAGUGAGGUCAAAGCUGAGCCUGACGUGGGUGACCUGGUUUCGCUGCCCCCGCCUCCACUACCUGAGAAGCCCAAGGCAGCUGUCCCACAGCAGCAGCAGCAGCAACAACAACAACAACAACCACCCCAGGCCAAGAAGCAGCCCCAGUGGCUCAAGGAAGAGGCCCUAAAGGACCUGGGGACCUUGCACUUUGGACCUGAGGACCUGUUCCCUUCAGAGAGUGAGGAGGAGGAGGAAGAGGAGGAGGAGAGUGCUGACAGCAGCGACGAAGGGGAGAUUCGCAGGCGCUCCCUCCGCUCCCACUCGCACAAGCAUGCCCCUGCUCAGCCACCUCCGCUGCCCCUGGCCUUUGAGACGCGCAGUGAGUUUGAGCAGAUGACAAUCUUGUAUGACAUCUGGAACUCAGGGCUAGACCUGGAGGACAUGAAGUACCUGCGGCUGACGUACGAGCGCCUGCUGCACGAGGACAACAGCACGGACUGGCUGAACGAUACCCACUGGGUCCACCACACCAUCACAAACAUUGCGAACCCCAAGCGGAAGCGGAAGUCGUCAGACCUGCGGGAGCACCAGACAGGCUGUGCCCGCAGCGAGGGCUAUUACCAUAUCAGCAAGAAAGAGAAGGACAAGUACCUCGACGUCUGCCCGGCUACCGUGCAGCAGCUUGAUGCUGCUGACGUACAGGGCACCAACCGCAUCCUGUCCGAACGGCGAUCUGAGCAAAGGCGUCUGCUCAGUGCCAUUGGCUCCUCCGCCAUCUUGGAUAGCGACCUUCUGAAACUCAACCAGCUGAAGUUCCGCAAGAAGAAGCUACGCUUUGGUCGGAGUCGAAUUCAUGAAUGGGGCCUCUUUGCCAUGGAGCCCAUCGCUGCUGAUGAGAUGGUCAUUGAGUACGUGGGUCAAAAUAUCCGGCAGGUGGUGGCUGACAUGCGCGAGAAGCGGUAUGCGCAGGAGGGCAUCGGGAGCAGCUACCUUUUCCGCGUGGACCACGACACAAUAAUCGACGCCACCAAAUGUGGCAACCUAGCUCGCUUCAUCAACCACUGCUGCACGCCCAACUGCUAUGCCAAAGUCAUCACCAUAGAAUCCCAGAAGAAGAUUGUUAUCUAUUCCAAGCAGCCCAUCAGCAUCAACGAGGAGAUCACUUAUGACUACAAGUUCCCGAUUGAGGAGAACAAGAUUCCUUGCCUGUGUGGCACAGAGAAUUGCCGGGGCACCCUGAACUGAGACAUAACCCUGGCGUUUGUAUUUAUUUUGUUUCCCCAGCCCUAAUCUCGCCUCUCACCCGUAGCUCAGCUCUUUUCCCGCAGAGUUGUGGGGAAACUCUCAGACGCCUUAAGACCCAUCCAUGUUCCCAGCCAAUGAGAAAGCACUUCCCUCGCCUCAGGUUCGAAUCAACAAGAAGUUCCUUUUUCUUCCACCAGCCAGGCUGGUGAUAGUUUCUUUUCAGGUGUUGCUGUCAUUUUUGUUCUAGCCUCCAACACCAAUUAACAAAACUCCUGUAGAUUCUGACUCUUUGCAGAAGUCAAAUGUCCUUCCCUUUCCAGCUUAAGAAGGCCUGGAUAUUAGUGUGGUUAAUUCUGUAAGACCCACCAGCUCUGUUGCUAAACUCAGAGUAUGGCUUAAUAUGUUGAGGAAAUCAGCAGGGUGGCUGUGUGGUGGAAUUUCCCUUCUCGGUAUCAACUAUUUCAGGUUAUGGGUCUCCAGCGCACAGCUGUCAAUUAGCUGUUGACUUUGAGAAUGGCAGGUUGGGAUCAGUGCCUCCUGCGAAACCUUUUGAGGCAGUGCAGUGCUUGAUACCCCUAAGGGCACAUCUGUUGGAGCUAAGAGCUGCCCAGGCCCUUGAAAUUUAAGAUUGUGGAGCAUUUGUCCUCACAUUUCCAAAGGGUUGGGGGGGGGGGGUUUCCCUGUUUUUUUGACAGAGAGGCCUGGAACAACCCCUGCCCCAGGGACUUUGUUCUGGGGUUAAAGGUUGCUCCCGAAAUCUUUCUGCUUAUGGCCAGGGUGCACUGGGGGCGGGGCGGGGGGCGGAGCAUGUCAUUGUCCAGACGCAUCAUUCGGCUAGAUUUGUCACCAUGGGCAAAAACUUGAACCUUCCUGCUUCAGUGUCUAUCUCCUCAUAGAAUUAUCAUCCUGUUGAUUCUUUCUCCUUCCAAGCACUUGAGGCUAGAGAAAUAGAGGUCCUGAAAACCAAUUAAGAUUGUGUCAUUCAUUUUGCAAUCUCCCUUUUCUGACUCUUUUUUAAAAUUCUGUAACGUGUAGUAAAACGGGGGGACAGGGACUAGCCGUAAUAAUGAAGGGGAGUUGAGUUUCUUUCCUUGUUACAGUUAUGGCUUCAAAUGAUGCUGACUUACAGCGUAAGCUAAGACUUUCCUACAUCCCAGCCACCCCUAAUAAUUUUUCUUUAGGAGAAGAAAGUUGUGUAUAUAUCUAUUCCAGAUGGAUUGGCUGUUUCUUGUAGAAACACAUGCGUUUAUUAGUAUGUAAAUAUUUUAUUUUGUUUUCCUCUUCAUACUAAAACGAAAACUGUAAAUAAUGUUGCAAUGUAUUUCCUUCUCCUGUUUUUUUAUCCUUGCUUGCCCUGUGCCACCCUUUUCCUUUGAUGCCAAGUAGGAUUUCUCUCUCCCCCCCUUUUCCCUCUAGGGUUUUUUUGGGGAGGGAAGGGAGCAUAUAACUUUCUGGCAGGGGGUCAAAGAGUGUAUUUCUUUAUUUCUUUUAAAUGGGAGUCAGUUUUGAAAGUGAAAGAUUUUUAAAGUAGGCAUAUGGAAAUAUUUUAGCAGGUUUGUUUGUUUUUUUCAUUUUAAAGUUCUGUCUUCAUUCUGCUUGUCCCAGUGUUUGAAUUUUGAAUAGUGUUGAGCUAGGUGUUUGGGAACAUAUCAUCUCCCUGGCUAGCAUGUGUUUCCUGCAGUGGACUGUCCAGAGCUAUGAGGAAUUAGCUGCUUUCAGUUCCCCGCAUCCAGAAUGCCCUUUACGUUCUAGGGGAAACCACAGGUGACACCUGAAAACGUUUCCAUCUGUAUUUUAAUAGUAGAGAGGGGCAAGGGGGUUGCUUUCAAAGGAGGAUCAGCAUGCAGGCUGGUAACUCUCUUCUUUCUGCUGCCCUCUGCUGUGUCCCAAAUCUUCCCCAUCCCAAGACAGCUAUUGAGCGAAUCCAUUUACUUCUCAGUUUCCACCCAAUUGGCAUAUAUGGUGUGGGAUAAAUGGUUGAACUAGUCCAACAGAAUAAAAUGCAGCCCUUCUGAGAUGUCUCUUAUUGAUCUCACAAGCCUGUAAAUGCUUGGGGUGAGUUUUAGACAUGCCCAUCUCGAUGUGGUGUUUCAUAGGGCCGAAGAACUGCAUAUUAUGUUAGCCUGGUUUGCCAGUCCAUCCUUGCUGAAUAUAGUUAAUGUUGGAAGUGGGGGCAUGGAGGGCCUGCUUAAUGUUUCACUACUGCUUCUCCCCCCCCCCCCAAUCCUUCCCUCCAGCUGUUUUGCCCCCAAUCCCCAUCUUGUACCCCAUCUGUGGGUCCAAGAGUGGAAAGAGAGGUAGGAGUGUAGAGAGAAGCAGGGAAGGCUUAUGAACCUUCCACCCACCACGUCUCCUGUGAAAAGGCCCCUUCCAUAAAUUUUUAUUAUUAUUGUUUAGCAAACACACUUUGGAACUGAACCCUCGUUGGCUGAUGUAGUCUGUAGUUCCACCCCAUUUCUUCCAGUAUUUUGAAGGGUAAUUAAGUUCAAGUAACAUGCACCUUUCUCACUUUGCUCUACAUUUAGUAAAACCUCUCCCACUCUGGGCCUCCUUUGUGUAUCCUCUUGGGGGCAGGAUUAAAAUUGCUACUGCUUUCUGCUCCUUUUCUUUUUUUCACUAUGGUGCAAUCAUGGCACCUCCCCUAAAAGCCCUGGCCAGUUUUAAGGUAUGCUUCCAUAUCUAAAGAAAUGGCAGAUGACUUCCUCUCCUGCUGUAAAAGGCUCCAUUAAGACUUGCCCAAUAUAAGUUGGGUGUUUUGUUCGUUUGUGGGACAAGGAGCAGAAUACUUGCAGCAGGUUUGCUGAAUUAUAUAAUUUUGUCGCGCAUCUUACACAAUUCUUGUCAGAAGCUUAAAUUAUUUUCCCCCUCUUACUACUAUAGUGUUUUGAAACCAAAGAGACAGGAAGUUGUGGAAACCCCAUGUUAGCAACCAUUGUUUUGAAGUGAAAGGGGGCUGAAUCAUCUCAAGUAGCUGCCUGUUUUGUUUCUCACUGCCUGGAUCUCCCUCCCCACCCCCAGGUGAUCUCAGUCUCGAACAUCCAUAAUUCCACUGACUUUCUAAAUAAACUCUACACACAUUUACUACUUACAGAUUUUAUUGAGGGGGUGGGGUGGGGAGGAAGGAAUUUGUUUCAGGCAUAUUCAGUGAGAAACGGGGCCAACCACCCACACCUCCGGUCAUUCUCUCAUUCCCUUCUGCCUAAAAACCUCAGGUGGAUCUUCACCUGCACGGAAGACAGGUGGAUUUUAGGCAAUUAAAUAGUGAAAACAGCUGCAGUAAUAAACGGACCCUUUUAUUCCCUCCCUUCUACAUCUCUCAAGUCCCCGUCUAAGCCCGAUAAAAUAUCGACCUGUCUUUGGUGGACUCUCCCAACUCGAAUCUCUGCUGUAUUUAAAAUUUUGAAAUAACUCUCUCCCAAACCCUACAUCUUCUUGGCUUUUUUGAAAUUAUUCGUUGCUGCAGUGUUUGUUUGUCUGUUUGUAAGCUUCGCUCUCACCCACCCCCAGUCAGUCAGAAGGAUAUGACCGAAGUCUUACUAUGCGUCUUGUCUGCAUUUCCAUUUAAAACAAAACAACAAGCAGCCUGUUGGAUUGGAGCUUUUUAAAGGCCCUCUCUCUCCAGGCUGCUGUUUCAGCAGCUCCAGCCCCUUAAAAUCCAUCUCAUCUUAAAGGUUCAGAAACUAGAUCCUUCCAAGUCUCCUUGACAAGUUUAAACCAGCAGCCGCCUCUUAACUGUAAUAAACUACUGGCCAAACUUUUUCAUCCUAGCUAUCCAUGCUUUUCAGUGUAUUGACAGAUUUUGAUUUCAACUGGAAAUUCUUGUAAGAACAAGCUUGCUUCUAUUCACAGUUGCGAUAUUAAUUUUUUUAAAAAAAGUGCCUUUGAGCCAAUACAUUGCUGGGGAAGAGGGGAGGUGAAGUUUAAAGCACAUAAUGUCUCUGAAUUAUGUUUGGUGGCAGAUUUUUGAAAAGCUGGCUGUAUUUCAGCAGGUUGGCAUGACAAAUCAAGCUUCUGUUUUUACUGGGUGUAAAUCUUUUCUGCUGAAGUCAAGUCACAAACGCUGUGUUUAGAGGCGCUGCAUCAUCUCAGUUCCCAAAUAUUUCAGAGGGAGGUUUUGGCUGGUUUGGGGAGUGUGACUCUCCUUGUUUUAGAUUCACUACCACUGAGAUACACAAGCAGAGGAUUAGAGCUUUCAUUUGGCUCAAAUGGAAGGGAGAAUACCCUGGAUUAGGGUUUGGUAGGCUUCCUACCAACAUUUCACCUCCUUUAGAAAAGUUCCAUUUAUUAGAUUUUGCCAUAUAUUUUAUGCAGGAAUGGUUUCUGGUCUUAUGAAACCCCUGCUAUUUAUUUGCAUACACCAGUGUGCCUUUUCCAAGCUGUGGAUAGAAAUCCGUUAUUUGCUCAUUGCCUGCAGUUGGUUCAAACCCUUUAGUUUUGGCAUGAGUUCUCCUCUCCCCAGGUCUUAAAUAUGCUUUAAAAAUUGUUUGCAGUGGGUGGUGGGUGGGAUUUAUUGCUUCCUUCUUCAUCUUGAAAUCCAGAAGUCUUGGUUGUUCCGCAGUGGUUCCUCCCCC